AAUGCCUUUGCCUUUGCGAACAAUUCAUUCGCAAGCACAAAAGUGAAAUCUCAUCGCGUUAUUCAGGCGUUUAGCCCAAAUAGAGUGUCACCAUACAGAUAGAACAAGGGACAAUGAAAAGAAAAGCACGGUCGCAUCUACGCAAUAUUCGCAACAACCGGGUUCGCAACAACCGGUUUCGCAACAACAGGUUUCGCAACAACUGGCUUCGCAACAACCGGUUUCGCAAUAACAAUGUGGUCACACAGGGCGAUACGCAUAUUUACAUGUCAGAUCGACCAGCCCGAGCUGCGAUUCACGUCAUUGCAUAUCCACCAUACGAAGAUUUCAUCAAACGACCAGAUAUUGUUGAUAAACUUGACCAGCUCUUGCCACGAUCAUCAGGCUACCAUAGUGCCGCUCUUUGUGGGCUAGGCGGAACAGGAAAAACCCAGAUUGCGCUCGAUUAUAUAUACCGACAAUGUGGUACUCGCUCCGUCUUUUGGGUACACGCGGAUACAAAAGCAACAAUCAUAAAUGAUUAUAAAACAAUCGCGAAAAAGCUUGGCAUUAUGUAUGAACAGCUUGAUGACGAAGCUUUGCUCAUGGCAGUUUGCAGUCGCAUUGAAGAAGAGCCAGAGUGGCUCUUAGUCCUCGAUAAUGCUGAUGAUCUAUCAUUAUUUGGAGUAGGGCCAGCAUCUACUUCGUCAAAGAGUCUACCCAACUGUGUCCCUCGAGGCCCCAAGGGGGUCGUUCUGUGGACGAGUCGUGACAAGCGCAUUAUGGGGACAUUGGUCAGCCCUCUCAGAGUAAUUGAAGUAGGUGAUAUGUCACUCGAGGAAGCAAAGAAAUUGCUCGCGCUAGCAACGGCAACGAUACAAACCGAAGCAUCGAGUGAAGACACCAAGGACAUAGACAAAUUAUUGGAAAACCUUCAGUAUCACGCAUUAGCAAUUUCGCAAGCCGGUGCCUAUAUGCGAAGAACGUCGACACCAGUGAGAGAUUAUUUAGCUAUGCUCUCAAAGAAACAGAAACGACAGAAACUUUUAGAAAAAAGCGAGUUCGAUCGACAUCGGAAAUCUGGGGCGCCCAACAGUAUUCUAGACACAUGGAGCAUCUCAAUCAGGCGUAUUCAGCAAGAAAGCGAGCAGGCAUUCCACUUGUUUCAUAUUAUGGUAUACUUUGAUUGCCAGAGCAUUCCUGAAUCAUUGGUCGAAAUUGUCGGCAUACGUUGUCACUUAAAAGAUGACGAACUGAAGGAAGCUAUAACCCGACUUGGAGAAUUUUAUCUCAUCUAUCAACGAAAAGAUGAACAUGGGUGCGCGAUCUAUGAAAUACACAAACUUGUACAGGAGGCUGCACGAUAUGGGUUGCGUAGAAGGAAUCUAUUGGACAAGGGUUUGACAACAAUAAACGUCAGCGAUGUUCCGCGGGAAAGGGAAGAAGAUUCGGAAGACUCGGAAGAAACAUAUUUCGCAAUGUAUGCCUUGUUAAUUAUGGGAUUCCUUUCUGAAAAACUUCAGGAAACUGGACAAACCUGGGCUCUGGGCGAUGCUUAUCUGACACAUGUUCUUCAGAUAGUUGAAUGGAUGGAUAUCUUCGAAGAGAAGGUUAUCGUAUUGACCGACCUUUUGCUUGUUGCAGGUCUGCUGGGGCGCCUUCGCAGAUGGAAAGACAAAGAAUUGUUAGUUAAGAGGGGGUUAACAAUGACACGAAAGAUGCUUGGAGAGGAACAUCCGGAUACGAUGAAAUGCAUGCAUGCCCUUGCCAUAUCGUACCUCGGGCAAGCUUUCGGACUUCGAGAUACAGGGCCGCUUCAAUUUGACUUUGAUUCUUGGGGCAAAGGAGCUCAGGAACUGUGUGGUGAAGCUGAAAAGAUAGGAAAACAGUUAGUGAAGCUUGGACGAAAAAUCUCUGAGCCAACGGAUCGAGAAAAAAUCGCAAGCUUGAAGCUUAUGGCGGAUGUGUACUGCGGACAAGAAAAAUACAACAAGGCCAAAGUGUUUACAAGAAGAAUACUACGGCUUCAGUGGAAAGAACACGGAUUAAAGCAUCCAAGUACAUUAACUGCGAUGGAAGAUCUUGCUCGUGUCUUUUACUUCCAUGACACACCAGGUUUACGCAAAAGAGCUUUGCGUGUCAGGGAAAAAAUACUGGAAUUUCAGAAAGAGACAACUGGAGAGAAAACUCCGACUACCAUAUAUGCUAUGUAUAAUCUCGCGACUUCUUUGAAAAGGUGUGGAAGGCUUCGCGACGCUAUCACUCUGAUGAAUCAGUGCUGCAGGCUAUCGAAAGAGGUCUUUGUAAGGGGUCAUGAUAUGAUAUUUGAAUGCCGUUGGCUUGCAGCGUAUUGGAGAUUAGAGCUUUCUAAAGAUGAUAAAGAUGGUAUACAAUGAGCCGUACAUAAGCUGUACAAACUGGAUCAUAUGAGCCAAUUGACGGUUUUGUAG